AUGAGACUGGCCACGUGUUCGUCGGACAAGACGAUCAAGAUCUUUGAGGUCGACGGCGAGAACCACAAGCUCGUGGAGACGCUCAAGGGUCACGACGGGCCGGUCUGGCAGGUCGCGUGGGCCCACCCGAAAUUCGGCGUGAUACUGGCCUCCUGCUCGUACGACGGCAAGGCUCUCAUCUGGAAAGAAGAGAACGGAGUGUGGUCGAACAUCGCAGAGCACGGUGUGCACCAAGCCUCCGUGAACAGCGUUUCGUGGGCGCCAAGCGAGUACGGCGCGGUGCUGCUGUGCACCUCCAGUGACGGCAAGGCCUCUGUGGUGGAGUUCAUGGAAGACGGAUCGCAAAAGACAAUGGUGUUCCAGGCACAUGCCAUCGGAGCUAACGCAGGCUCCUGGGCCCCUCCGCACAAGGACAACAUCAAGGAAAGACGACUCGUGACCGGUGGAUGCGACAACCUAGUCAAGAUCUGGAAACUCGACCCGCAAGUCAAUAAUUACGUCGAGGAGGCCGUGCUCGCAGGCCACACAGACUGGGUCAGAGACGUGGCCUGGUCGUCGUCCCUGCUCUCCAAGUCAUACAUUGCAUCUGCCUCGCAGGAUAGAACCGUUCUGAUAUGGACCAACGACACAGUCGGCGGCAAGUCGCCAUGGAAAAAACAGCUCCUGACGGAGGAAAAGUUCCCUGACGUGUGCUGGAGAGCCAGCUGGUCGCUCAGCGGAAACGUGCUCGCCAUCAGUGGCGGCGACAACAAGGUGACGCUAUGGAAGGAGAACUUGUCGGGAAAAUGGGAGUCUGCUGGUGAAGCCGAUCAGUAA